GCGCUUUCAUCUACAAGCUUGUAUAGCUGACAUAGUCCGCACGUUGCACGCACUGUGUCGAAACUAGCACACGUCUGAAGCAGACUGGUUCUGAUAGAACACUGAUCUAACAUUCACAACUUAUAGAAAAGAGAGGUUUAUUUCAAUUGCAAAAUGAGGGAAUGUAUAUCAAUUCACGUCGGCCAGGCUGGUUGCCAAAUGGGCAAUGCAUGCUGGGAACUCUACUGUUUGGAGCAUGGAAUCGACCCAACAGGAAGAAUAAACGAAGACCGCGUCAAAGAUGUCAACGAUUCAAACACGACGUUUUUUGCCGAAACUGAAAGCAACAGACGAGUUCCAAGGGCCGUUUAUGUCGAUCUGGAACCGACUGUUAUCGAUGAAGUGCGCACCGGCACAUACAAGGAGCUCUUCCACCCUGACCAGAUGAUAACCGGCAAAGAAGAUGCUGCCAACAAUUUUGCUCGCGGCCAUUACACUGUUGGCCGCCAUAUUGUCGACUCUGUCCUUGAUCGCGUCAGAAAGCUUACUGACGUUUGCGAUGGACUGCAGGGAUUCAUCCUGUUUCACUCUUUUGGCGGUGGAACUGGCUCAGGACUGACAGCACGUCUCAUGGAACGGUUGUCCGUAGACUAUGGGAAAAAGAGCAAGCUGCAGUUCUCAAUCUACCCUGCCCCUCAAGUCUCGACUGCAGUUGUGGAGCCUUAUAACUCUGUGCUAACGACUCAUUUCACUUUCGACCACUCAGACUGUGCCUUCAUGGUUGAUAAUGAGGCUAUCUACGACAUUUGUCGCAAGAACCUCGAUAUCGAGCGCCCAACAUACUCAAACUUGAAUAGACUCAUCAGCCAAGUUGUUUCUUCAAUAACAGCAUCAUUGCGAUUUGAUGGUGAACUGAAUGUGGAUUUAAAUGAAUUCCAAACCAAUUUGGUUCCAUACCCAAGGAUCCAUUUUCCAUUGGCUAGUUUUGCACCAAUCAUAUCUGCUGAAAAGGCCUAUCACGAACAAUUGCAUACAAGUGAAAUAACAACAGCUGUCUUUGAGCCAGCCAACCAGAUGGUCAAGUGUGACCCAAGAACGGGCAAAUACAUGGCCUGUUGCCUGCUGUACAGAGGAGACGUCGUUCCAGGCGAUGUCAAUGCCUCAAUUGCCAAGAUACGCGGACUUCAUACUAUACAAUUCGUCGACUGGUGCCCAACUGGCUUCAAAGUUGGCAUAAACCACCAGCCUGCCACAGUUGUUCCAGGAGGUGACAUGAGCAAAACGAAUAGAUCUGUUUGUAUGUUGAGCAAUACCACCGCCAUGGCCUCACUGUGGGCCCGCCUCGAUCACAAAUUCGAUCUCAUGUACCGCAAAAGAGCUUUCGUCCAUUGGUAUGUCGGUGAAGGAAUGGAAGAGGGUGAAUUCAACGAAGCAAGGGAGGAUCUGGCGGUCCUGGAAAAAGACUAUGAAGAGGUUGGAGAAUCAGGCGAUAAGGACGAUGGAGAAGGAGGCGACGAGUAUUAACUCUAACGUCAGAAUUGAAAUAGUAAAUUGCAAAAAGGCAUUCAUUGGAGAUAGAAGUAGAUCUAUCAGAAGAAAUAGUGUAUGAUAACAACUUUGUAAUUUUAGGAAACUUGCACUUGAUAUAAAACACAUAACUAAAGGGGAACGAUGUAAACACUGGCAAUUUUAUAAGAUACAUGAAAACUUACUGAUUUUAAAUUACACAAAAAGCUUUAAUAAAUUCUUCAAGAAAACUAAUUUGUUAUUGUUUUCUCGACUUCAGCAUUUAAUGAAUAGAGACAUUUGGCAAAUAUGACAAACACACGAGUUAAUUGUAUUCAAGCGAAUAUUUCGUUUACUCUUUCUUAUACGAGGUAGCGCGGAUAAUCAUUGUGUGAGAACAAACUCCAGAAAGAGAUAUCAUGUGUAACAAGGAAAAUGCAGUUGCCCUUAAGAUUCAAGUCAAAGCCGCCCCACAUGCAUCGAUAAUGCGAAAAAUGCAUGUUUGGGAUCAUUGAAUUGCAUCUUAAGCAACCCCAACCAGGUACCAUUCGAAUAAUUUGUGAAAGAAAAAUCUUUGAAAAUUGUUAUCUCCGCAGUUUCCAAGAAACUAGGAUAACAAGGGUACCCAAACCUUGAUGCAUGUUCGACUUGGUUGAAUUUAACUUGGUAAAUUAGAAGCAAUUAUUUGAUGAGUAAUCUCAUUUGCUUAAAUCAAGCUUUGUGAUUUUAAAACAUGUACGGGUCCCUUCCUUACUGCCAACGACAAAUGAAGAUGAAUAGACAGAAAAAACAUUUUAGAAAAGACAAGUGAAAAUUGAUAAAUUGUGUUCAGUUCUGCAAGUUGUAGUUCAAAGGCUCCACUCAAUCCUCUUUCAAACAUUUUGCUAGGAUCCACCUUUUGGUCAGGCUGAUGGUGAACAUAACCCCCUGUAGUCACUUAUCAGUGGGUAAAGAAUAUGUCCCAUGCAUCCCAUACUAUAAGAGGUCAUUGCGACGGGAGUUAAAGCCAUUUUUAAGAGUUAUUUUUAAGUAGAAUAUCUUGUAGAGUAACACCCCAUGUGCAGUUCACUGUUUGGAAGCAUAAUAGAGGAAGGGGGUGCUGCAUCGUGACUCAAAUCUUUCCAAGGUCUUAUCAGUGUGGAAGAGAAAAUGGCCUAACUGCCAUACUGCGUACCCUGCCGAUGGAGGGGAUAGGGUUGAGACGGCAAGCUGUUCCCCUACUCUUGCUGUUGUAUCACUUAGAGCUUGAGGUUUGACACAGAAUGACAUAUUGGUACUUUUCAAUAACAAACUUGUUUACUUAAUUCUUAUGAUUGGUCAUUGAUCGUAGUACGUUUUUUCAAGAGAUUAGAAAGUGUAGAUUCUGAUAUUGCGAUUUCCGUGUAACUAAAAUGGUGACGAGGAAACUAGAUUAUAAACACGCAAAAAGUUCAUAAAGUUUCUUUCAAAAACAUCAAAAUUUUGUUACAGUUAUAUUGUUACAGAUUUAUGAAUCAGAGGAAUUAAAUAUACAAAUGUAAAUGAUAGGAACAAAAUAUUAAGUACAGCAUGGAAAACACCACUGAAUACCAAGUCAAUUUAAAAAUACCUAUUUUGACAGCGAUAAGGAUGCAUUUGUAGAGAAUAAUCAGUUGACGAAAAAGACAUGACAGCAAGAUUAGUAUGACGUGGCAGAAA